UGGCACUCACCAGCGAACCGUCCCCUUCGAAUGUUCAAGAGAGAGAUAACAGUGAGAAAUCGAAUAACCAAGAGUGGCGGAUAUAUGACGAUCCGGAACUGAUCAACUUUGGUGCGAAAAAGCAUUUGAAGGAAACGGAUGUGCCGGUCGAGGCCAAAUUGGCAACAGACAGCUCAGCAUGA